AUGUCACAGUAUAGGGCAGCACGGCCAGCCAGCCAGGGCUACCCAAGCGGCGGCAGCCGAGCUGGCAGCGCUGGCGCGCGCAGCACCUUUGACCAGGAUGGCCCUCCCGUCGCGUUGGCAGCGGCACAGCAGCAACCACAGCAGCCGCAGCAGCAGCAGCCCCAGGCGGCCGCCGACGCCUCCGCGCCGCGCGUGCUGUUCAGCUGCUGCAAGGGCGAGACGCACACGCACCGCUCAGGCUUCAAGCAGCUCUUCCGCCGGCUGCGGAGCGCCUACCGCCCCGACAAGCUGGACAGCCGCGACGACCUGCACCCAGAGGUGCUCCUCGGCCCUGGCGGCGCCGCGCCCGCAAUCCUCGUCCUCGGCUGCCCCACUCAGCGCUUCAGCGCCGCGGAGUGCGACGCAAUCUCGGGGCUUGUGCGGGGCGGCGGCGGGCUAAUGGUCCUCCUGGCGGAGGGCGGCGAGGCGGCUGCGGGCACCAACAUCAACUACGUGCUCGAACAGUUUGGCGUCGCCGCCAACGCGGACGCGGUGCUGCGGACUUCGCACUACAAGUACAUGCACCCCAAGGAGGCCCUCGUCGUGGACGGCGUCCUCAAUCGCUCGCUGCUGCUGGGCGCGGGCGGCGGCGGCGGCAGCGGCAGCAGCAAGGGGACACCUGCGGCGGUGGCCCGGCAGCGGCAGCAGGACGCGGCGUCCGGGCCGGUGCAGCCAGGCGGCCUCGAGUUUGUGUACCCGCACGGCUGCACGCUCACCGUGCAGGCACCUGCGGUGCCGCUGCUGUCAAGCGGGCGGAUUUGCUACCCGAUGCAGCGGCCGCUGGCGGCGGGCUGGGAGGCGCCGGCGGGGAGUGGCGGGGGCCGGCUGCUGGUGCUGGGCAGCUGUCGGCUGUUUGAUGACCGGUGGCUCGACAAGGAGGCGAACGCGCGGCUGAUGGACUGGGCCUUCAAGUGGCUGCGUCCGGGCUCCCGCAUUGCGCUGCACCCGGGGGAUGCGGAGGAGCCCGACCUGUCAGACGCACGCCUGCUGCCCGACACAGAGGCGCUGGCGGACCGGCCCAAGCCGUGCCUGCAGGAGGUGCGGCAGCUGCCGCGCGACUGGACGCGGCUGUUCAGCCCGGCCCUGGCAGGCCUGGACCUGGGCCUGGUGCCCGAGGCUGUGGCGCUGUACCGCAAGCUGGGCGUCCGCAAGGCGCCCCUCGCGCUGAUCGCGCCCAGCUUCGAGGCGCCGCUGCCGCCGCUGCAAGCGGCGACGUUCCCGCCCGCGGCGCGGGAGCCGGCGGCGCCGGCGCUGGAGCUGUUUGACCUGGACGACGCGUUUGCCUCCCCCCAGGGCCGGCUGGCAGCCAUUUUCAACAAGUGUGUUGGCAGCAGCGGGCCGGGCGGGGGUGGUCUGGGCGUGGGUGAGUCUGACCUGGAGUGCUUUCUCGUGGAGGCGGGCGCGGCGUGCGGGCUGCAGAGCCGGCCGGAGGAGGGCGCCAAGAUCGCCGUUGACGUCCCUUCUUCGCAGGGUGUGCUGUCGGAGCUGCUGCGGCAGCUGCUGCGCUACAAAACCGUCGGCACCGCGGGCAGCACGGAGCAGAGCGGCGGCGGUGCUGUUGGGGACGCACCCGGCAGCGCGGGCAGUCCGCUGCGGCAGCUGCCGAGCCGCGGGGGCAUGGGGAGCGCUGGCAGUGGCGUCGAGGCUUUCCGUUUCUAG